GAAUUUGCAGCGUUCCAUUAGGAGCUAUUUCGCUGUGGCGUUGAUGAAAAGUUAUACAGUGAAGUUACGACGGAAAAUUACAAAGAUAAGAUUCGGCUCUAUGGAAAUUAUGGACGUGCAUUGGCGUCGACGUUCGGCUGGAAAUUUGCCUUCGCCGCUGCGACGAUGUGAAUCUGGUUUUACGAAGCGGCGUAACGUGCAUACACGCGAGACAUGUGCAGUAAACGCGGUGCGUUAAUUGUUUUGGAGGGUUGCGAUCGGGCGGGCAAGUCGACCCAGGUGAAGAUGUUAAUAAACGCUUUGAACAAGAUGUCAAUCCCGGCGAAAGCGCACGGUUUCCCAAAUAGAAACACUCCUGUUGGAAGUUUGCUCAACGGUUUCUUAUCGAAAGAAAUAAAUAUCCCGCCUGAAGCAGCCCACUUGUUAUUCUCUGCCAAUCGAUGGGAGUGCAAGGAGGACAUUGAGAAGACACUCUUGGCUGGCACUACUCUGGUGGUGGACAGGUACGCGAGUUCCGGGACCGCGUACACGGCAGCUAACACAGGCAGAUGCUUGAAUUGGUGCAAACAGCCAGACCUAGGCUUGCCAAAACCUGACUGCAUAGUGCUUCUCAAGGUGUCGAAACGUCAGCAAAAGCAACGUAACAAUUGGGGCGAAGAGAGAUUCGAGCAAGAUGACUUUCAGGCGCGUGUUAACGCUAAUUACGACAAAUUGAAGGACGACACUUGGAUCACAGUGGACGCUGAUCAAGACGUGUCAAUGAUACACUGCGAAAUACUGAAAAAAGCACUAUCGGUCAUUCAAGAGGCUCAAUUUAAAAAAAUAGAACUGCUGAGUAGUUAACAAUGUCGACAAACUUAUAUUUUUCCGAUUUCCUGGUGUUUUUAUAUCUUUCUACUUUCACAUUCCUAUCACCGAAACAAAUCACUGUGAUGUUUCUAUAUUUUUUUUGUUCUGUAAGAUCUCUGACAAAACUCGCAUCUCAGUUCCACAGGCAGCUAUUCUAGCAUCUUUCUGGUAUUCAAAGUAUUUCCAGAUUUUGUACUUAUUCACGAAAGUAAUUUAAGCCAUAUCCUGUUUAAAAAAAAAAAAAUAAAUUAAUAUUUUCCUUUAAGGAAAAGAUUAGGAUAUACAAAUAUAGAGAAAUGUUGGAAGUUAUUGAAAACUAUAGGAUAUUUUUUGAAAAAAUGUAUACAAAAAUAAAUUCGUUUACUCUAUAUAAAUAAUAAUAUCAUAUAUUAAACAACCUUGACUUGUCGGUAAGAAUAAUGGUAACUCGUGAAGGUUUUUAAUAAAAGUAACAGGUCAUUUAACCAAGUCUCAAAUCUUAUUUAGUCGAGAUUCAAACCCGUUGGGCAUAAUGGAU